GAUACUAUCGAUAAUUAUCGACAGGUUUCCAAGUCCAAUCCAUUUAAUCGUUUUAUUUUAUGGAUAUGUUAACCGAGUGCAAUAUUCAAUUAUUUCUCCGAAGUUCCCGAAAAUAGAUCCUGACGAUGGUUUCCAAUAUUAAUUCUACCAAACAGUUUCCGCUUGUACCAAAAAUUAUCAAUGGAGGUAUCGCAGGUAUAAUAGGCGUUUCCUGUGUAUUUCCACUGGACCUUGUGAAAACCCGUCUGCAAAACCAGCAAGUAGGACCAGAUGGGGAAAAGAUAUACAAAUCUAUGUUCGACUGUUUUAAAAAAACAUAUAAAGCUGAAGGUUAUUUUGGAAUGUAUAGAGGCUCUGCUGUUAAUGUACUGCUUAUAACACCUGAAAAAGCAAUUAAGUUGGCAGCUAAUGAUUUUUUCAGAUAUUAUAUGGCUACAAAGGACGGAAAAUUGUCUAUAAUUCGACAAAUGGUUGCUGGAGGCUCAGCUGGCUUAUGUCAGAUUAUAAUAACAACACCAAUGGAGCUCCUGAAAAUUCAAAUGCAGGAUGCAGGUCGCAUAGCAGCGAAGGCUUAUGAAGUUGGUAAAACCAAUUCCAAAACGUCUGCUACUAACAUAGCUUUGGAACUAUUGAGAACAAAAGGAAUUACUGGUUUAUACAAAGGAACAGGUGCUACAAUGCUACGCGAUGUUUCGUUCUCAAUUGUAUACUUUCCGUUAUUUGCAACACUCAACGAUUUAGGCCCGAGAAAGUCGGACGGAUCUGGAGAAGCGGUUUUCUGGUGCUCGUUUCUAAGCGGAUGUGCAGCUGGAUCACUCGCUGCCUUAAUAGUUAAUCCAUUCGACGUUAUUAAAACUAGACUACAGGCACUAAAGCAUGGUGAAGGUGAAGUACAAUUCAAUGGCGUAUCAGAUUGCAUCAGGAAAACCUUUUCAAAUGAAGGACUAAAGGCUUUUUUUAAAGGCGGACUCUGUCGCAUGAUGGUUAUUGCCCCGCUUUUUGGAAUAGCUCAGAUGGUGUAUUUUUUGGGAGUUGCCGAAACUUUAUUAGGAAUAAAACAAACAAAAUGUUAAAUACUCAUAGUCCAUGCUUUUUACCCAUUAUUUUGUCAAGAGUUAAAUGAGCUAAUACCUAAAACCAUAAGAUUUUUUUACUUACCUCAUAUCAAUAUUCUUUCAUGUAUAUUAUGUUUUAUGCUGAGAAUUGAUAAGAUGUGCUUCGUUUUAUUAUCCUAAAACUAGCUAGCCGUCCUGUUAAUCUUUGCUGUAUCCAAUAAAAUGUUAUGCCAUUAGGAGACAAUAUGAUGAAACUCAUUUUCACAGAAUGUACGUACUUGCUAAUGCACUAGUACGUCUCAUAUAAUAACCACCUACGAAACAAAUUAUAGAAAAAUAAUUCAUUUAAUUGAAGGAGUGACGUCCACCGUAAUACUCGAUGAUUAUAAGAAAUAUGUUCAGACAAUAUGUUAGUCAUUUUCAUCUGUUUUUCUUUGACAUUGUUAUAUAGUUAUACCAACUAAACCAAGUUCUCUUUAUGUUGAAACCUUCCACUAUAACUCAUCUCUCAAUGUACUAAAUAUUCUCUGAGUUACUCAUCUGCAAAAUAAAAGUAUUGCUUUGUAAGACCAUCUAGUGAAAUAAUAGAUCAUUCGCAAUCAGGUCCAUCACAGAUACGGUAACAUUAUGUAGUUAUUAUUAGAAAUAUAAGUAUUCAGUUAAAAGUAAAGCUUGCCAUUUCUUUACAAACAAUAAACAAGCUAAAUUACCGGAUAAUAGAUGCUUGAGUACGAGUUCGUUUAAUAACCAAACAUUCACCUGAUUGUAUACAAUGACUCGUAUUUUAAAUGAUAUUUAUCGGGAUAAUUGAGUAUGUUGGCGUUCAUGUAUUUGAUAGCAGGGGCGACUCGAUGUUCUUAAACCUACAACUACGAAUUCUGAAAAUUACAGUUUAAGGAAGUCCGCAAAAAACGAGCCAUUUUUUUGUUACUAUCUAAAAAUAAAAGUUUAAAACACAGCUUUCAAUUAUCCAUUACAAAACUUUAUUUAUUUUUUGCCCGACAUUCCCGUCUGCACCGAUUGUCGAGUCGUCCUUGCCAAGCAGUUUGUAUGUAACAUCUUUAAUCUUUCCCCAAAAAUAAUUAGAAAAUACAAAAAUACCACAAACUGA